AUGGGCAGUGUUGUUGAAGGUAUUUUUUGGAAUGAAUAUAAAUUAGUUGAUAUUGAUUCAGAAGGAACAGAGAAGUAUCAUUGUAAGCAUUGUAAUACUACAUAUGUUAAAAAUGUUACAAGAUUUCAAAAUCACCUUGAAAAUUAUAUGAAUUAUCAAAAAAUUCAAUACACUAAACAAUAA